AUGGAUGAGGGAGUGGCACCCUUCACAAUGCUGCUGGCUCUCUCACUACUCUUCAGUGCUGGAUGCGUGGUGGCCACCACGUGGUCAUGCAGCGCCAUCGCCAAUGAAGCGUCCCGCACUGCAGACCUGCUGCUCAAAGCGCUACUUGCUCCCAUUGGCGACGAUUCCAGGGCCAACCAGUUGAGGAUCCAGCUGCAGCUGUUCCUCCAACAGGUGCAACACCGCCGGCCGCGUUUCACGGCCUGUGGGCUCUUCACCAUCGACCUCUCAAUCGUCUCGUCGAUGGCAGCAGCUGUUAUCUCCUAUCUGGUCAUAAUCGUUCAGUUUCAGAUUAGUAGCACGAAAUAA